GGGUGAAAUUUCGAGUUUUGACAAUCGCGAUUCUCGAACAAGUCGCUAGAUUUGAUAGCCGGCAGAACUCGAAUAUUCUAGACUCAAGAAAAGAGGCAUUUCGCGCGUCUUCAAUUGUUUUAUUGCAUUCCUGAAAUAAAUACACAAUGUCCAGCGCUGUAAAACGACUUAUCCCUCUUUUGGAUCGUGUUCUCAUCAAGAGAGCCGAAGCAGUUACUAAAACAGCGGGAGGCAUCGUGAUCCCAGAGAAGGCACAGUCGAAAGUUCUACAUGGUGAAGUGGUAGCUGUAGGACCCGGAGCAAGAAAGGAAAAUGGAGAUUUUGUCCCAGUUUUAGUGAAGGUCGGUGACAAAGUCUUACUGCCUGAGUACGGUGGAACCAAAGUAGCCCUAGAAAAUGACGACAAGGAGUACCACCUCUUCAGAGAAUCCGACAUUUUGGCCAAGAUCGAAAACUGAGUUUAGUACCGAGUAGCUUUAAAUUUGCGUGAUUCAGAUUCUUUUAGUUUUAGUUACUGUAGUGUAUGAACAUGAUGUGAUUGUGUAAUAUGUUAAUGAGGUAUUGAAUAUUAUCUCUCUUGCAUUUCUUAUUAUAAUAUUGUUAUAAAAGUA